AUGGGACGCUUCAGCCGAUAUGCGCCAGCCAUUGAUGCUGGCGUGGAGCCCCGUCAGAAGCUCGUGACUCGGCAAGUCCAGCCAGAGUUUUACGCGGACGAGUAUUCGCCAGAGGUUGACUUAUCAGGGCUACCAGAUGGAGAGGAGGCCUCGGAGCUGCUCAGCUGUGACGUCUGGAAGGAGCCUCUGCCUCUCGGUUCGGAGCGGUUGAGAGCGUUGCUGCGAAUCAACAACUUCAGGGACGAGCUGCGCGCCCUUAGGCACCACUUUUUGGGCUCCAGAGAGCUCAGGGUGGUGACGGCCACAUGGAACGUGGCGGGCAUAUCCGACCCGCCUUCUCACCUCAACCUUACGGACUGGCUCUCCCUGCAGCAACCUGCCGACAUCAUCGCCAUUGGCUUCCAGGAAAUUGUCCCGCUGAGCACAGGCAGUGUGCUGGGAAUGGACUCAGAGGAGGCGGUGGGGCAGUGGGAGGCUCUAGUGCGUCGGCAACUUAACGCAGCAGCUGCCAAGGCCGCCAGAAAAGCCGCUGUCAAGGCUGCUUCCACAGGCUCGAUCAGGGGUGAUGAGCCCACAGCGGGAAAGAUCGAUGGGGCAGAGCAGGCAGUGACGGACGGAGGUAGCAGGGCUGGUGAUGGUGAGACAAACAGUGCAAGCAGUAGCAGCGGUGUGGCUGGGAGGGCCACCCCUCCCCCGUCUCUGACCAGCAGCAGCGACCUCUCCUUCCACUCCAGCAGCUUCCGCCUCCCCUCCUCCUCUGCUUCUGACGCCUCCAAAGGGUCACUUGAUGACAGUGCUGCUGCUGCUGCAGCAGAUUCUCCUGCAUCAGGUGCUGCUGCAGCUGCUGGGUCUCUUGGGAGCUCCCUGGAUCCCGCUGAUGCUGGCACUGCUGCUUCUGCCACACCUGAGUGGGAGGGGGUUGCGCUGCAGCAGGAGGCACAUGCAGAAAAGGCGGAAAAGAUACUGCCCGAGGAUCUGAUCAGCGUGCCUCUCACUCCUGCUGAGCCCAUUUCUGCAGAUGGAGGUGGAUAUGGUGGUGAGGGGGGUGGCGAUGGCGGGGAGGAGAGGGGGGAUGUGCGGGCGAGUGAGGGAGGGGCGGUAGGGAAGGUUGGGGAAGGGGAAGGUGGAGGGGAGGAGGCAGCAAAGGGAGGGGAGGAGGGGGGCAGGGGAGAUGAGAUGGAGGAGGAGUGGGAGGGAGGGGAGGUGGAGGAGGCGUAUGUGAAGGUGGCUGGGCGGCAGAUGGUGGGGGUGUAUCUGAUGGUGUGGGCGUGCAAGGGGCUGAGGAGGCACAUCCAUAGCGUCAAGGCUAGCACUGUGGGCUGUGGACUCAUGGGCAUCCUGGGCAACAAGGCUGCGCUCAUGAUUGCAACCAUGUCUCCUCACCUCCUCUGUUCUGUUGUGGAACUUGGUGGGUGGCGGUUGAGUGUGGUGGUGCAUGAGACGUCACUUGCUUUCAUCUGUGCGCAUCUAAAUGCGCCCCCAUGGUACCUCCCUCGUGGUACCUUCCUCGUGCCACCUCUUUCGUGCCACCUCUCUCGUCUCGUGCCACCUCCCUUGUGGUACCUCCCUCAUACCACCUCCCUCAUCAUCCCAACCCCUUCACACCGCAAUGCAGGGCUCAGUGGCAUAGCGAUAAGCAUGUCAGUGCAUGAGACGCAGUUCACCUUCAUCUGCGCCCAUCUCAACGCGGGGGAGGAGCGUGCCGACGCUGCCCGCCGCACGUUUGACUUUCUGGAGAUUCUCCGCCGCACCGCCUUCCCCAGGGAGCUGCCGGAUCCAUGGACUGCCAGGCUGGCUGAGACCAUCACGGAGCACGAUCGUGUGUUCUUCUUUGGAGAUCUCAAUUACCGCCUGGAGCUGCCAGAUCAGGAGGCACGGGCACUGCUGGCCAAGCGCGACUGGGAGGCACUGCUGCAGCACGACCAGCUGCGGUGGGAGCUGUCAGAAGGCGGGGCUUUGCCGGGGUGGCGAGAGGGCCCCAUCUUCUUCGCUCCAACCUACAAGUACGCAGCGGGCAGCAACCGGUACGUGGGAGAGGACGAGGAGGACGGGGAGAAGCGCCGCACCCCCGCCUGGUGCGACCGGGUCCUGUGGUACGACCCAGGAGACGCCACCGACAGCCUCCCCCCCACCAGCAUCAGCAGCCCCAGCCCCAGCAGCAACACCACCACCACUGGGAUCGCCAGCAGCGGCAGCAUGAGCAGCAGCGUGGGGGGGUAUGUGAGUGAUGCGCUGCAGCUGGUGUCGUACUCGCGGGCGGAGCUGGCCCUGUCGGACCAUCGGCCGGUGGCGGCGGUGUUUGCAGUGCAGGUGGAGGCGGUGGAGCGGGAGAGGUUCGAUGCUGCUGUGGCCGUGGCGUGCCGGCAGUUGGAUGAAAGGCAGCAGCUGGCCAUUCCACACUGCUCUCUCAGCGCACAUGCGGUGGAGUUCGGAGAGGUGCCCUAUGCCUCUGUCAUCCGGCGAACCAUUGAACUCCACAAUCUAGGCACCGUGCCCGCGCGCUUCUCCGUGGCCCCUGCAGGCAGCACUGACACCUCGGCCCCCGGCCCAGCAGGGGGGUGUGGGGCAUGGGUGGUGGCGGAACCAGCAGCAGGGGCAGUGGCGCCCGGCCACACUGUGACUCUCAGCCUGCACACCUGGGUGGCUGUGCCGGGGACAAGGGUCGAUCUGCUGGUGGAUCGUGGCGGGCUGCUGGAUUUGAUUCUCGUGGUCGCUAUUGCGGGCGGCGGGGACCUGUUUGUGGCGUGCUCUGGGAGCUACGUGCCGUCCUGCUGGGGCUUGCGUCUGGAGGCCCUAGCGGGUCUCAAGGACCCCAUCCGCUCACUCUCUCUCGAUGCCAUUGCCACACGCCAGCGGUCCUCCCUCCGCUCUCGAGCUACAGUUGCCUCUGCUGCUGGCGGUCCCCAUGGCAGCAUCCCAGAAGCUUCCGAAACCGACCCUGAUAAUGAUGACUCCGCUGGUGCAGGCGGGGAGGAUGAUCGGCCAUUAGGAGCAGCGGCACGAGCAGCAGCAGGAGCAGCAGGAAGCCCAUCCCAUGCAUCAGACGCAUUUGAGGUGCCCAAGGAGGUGGCGCGCAUGCUCACCUUCCUGCUGGACUCCGGGCAGGAUAUCUCAUCCGCCUUUGACCCCAUUGCUCUCGGCAUUGACCUCUCUCUCGACCAAGACGACGCCACCCGCGCAGCCCACUUCCCCUCCUCGCAAUCCACCCCGCACGGGCACCCUCACUCGCUCUCGCACACGCGCAGCGCGAGUCUGUCCUCCGAUGUGCUGUCUGCUGCGGUUAAGUCGACUCAGUUCCUAGCGGCCAAGGCUGCAGCACUGGGUGCAGUAGCUCAGGAGCUACAGAUUGCACCCAUUCGUCUCGCACUCGACACUGGCACACCCUUCCCCACCGAAACCUCCCCUCUCACCAUGGCUCGUGCGCUUGUUUCUUUCCUCCUAGCCCUCCCCGAGCCUAUUAUUCCGCCAAGUGUGGGAGAGGAGGUGGCGUGUAGGGAGGGGUGGGCACGGGGAGCAGCGGCUACGCUGCUGGCAGAGCGGUUGGGUGCGGUGCAGCUGGGUGUGGUGGACUCGCUGCUGGCGCUCAUCCAGGCGCUGCUGCGGAACCGCAUUGCGAAUCGACUCGCCAUUCAUGAGCUGGCUGCCAUACUGGCCUACUGCCUAUUUGGGCCUGUGCCGGCUUUCACCAACGACGAGAUGGGGAUUGCGACCGCCACGGAUGCCGUGAGGAUUGUGAAGAGGCGGAGACGAUUCAUGCGCCUGCUGAUAGAGGAUACUCGGCUCCGUUCCAAGUGA